CUGUUAUAUUUUUUGAAAAACCUCGUUUCCUUUCCUUGAAAACAGUUUAUCGGAUAACAAUUAGAUAACAGAAGGGUAAACUAAUAAAAUAAAAUACUUCAUAGUAAAUACAUAGUUUUCACCUAACAAUUUUAAAAAAAAAUUUCAUGAUUUUUGAGAACGCGAGGAAAUAAAAUGUGGGCAAACUGUUCGGGGUAAAACAAGCGCUCGACGCCGUCAUUAUACCUGAUUUUAUUGCUCCGUUUGUUUAUCUAGGUGCUUUACUUUUUUGCUUGUUUCCGUUUAGGGUAUGAAACUAAUCACGAAGAAAGAUAAGUUUUACGUUGUAAGAAACCUCAACAAAAAUAUCAUUUAGUCUUUCGGCUUUUGACGUCGUACUACUAGAAUCUCCGCGUGCACGCAGAAUAUUACGAUAACUGUACUAUUAAUUUUAAUGAUUAUAGUGAUUUAUAAGGCAGUGACUUUACAAUAGUGUAGUAUUAUUUUAGUAAAAAUGGUAAAAAAACAUCCAAGUAAGGUUUGUAAACGCUCUAAAAGAUCUAGCACUUGGAAAAAGAUUUGGCAGAAAAGGAAAGAAUUAUCAGAAGGGUAAGUACUUGGAAACCGUCUAUUUUUUCCGGUUGAGAGAAUCCUAAUAAUAAUACCUAAUAAUUUUAUUGUAGACCAAUUGAAAAAUCUGCACAGCCAAUAGGGUCAACAGUUGUAGAUUCAGUGCCAAUUUGUGGCAUCGAGAAAAUAAAUGAUAAUAAUAAUAAAAUAGAUCCAUGGGAUCCAAAGAUAGUUUCGGAACAAUCCCAUCAAAAAAAUGAAAAUAAUUUUGAAACUUUGGGGAUAUGUACAAUUUGAAUUUCAUUUCAUUGAACAUUUUGACAAGAAUGAGAUAAUACAGGUUAGAAUAAGCUAAGGUCAAAAAGUUCGUGUACAAUAUCCAAAUUAUAAUACCCGACAUACAAUUACAACAAGAUAAUUAGAGUUAUUGGUUUUAUGAAAUUUUCAAUUUUUGCCUGUAAGGCAUAAUCGAUAGGGAUUUGAAGUUUUAGGUCUUAAGUUCGAAAUAAGAGAUCGCGACUUAUUAGCUACUUUUUUCUAAUUGGUAUAGUUUCAGGAAUAGUCUAUGUGGACAAUAAAUUUGGAUCAAAUUGUACAUAUCUUGAAAGAUUCAUAAUUUUUUCAAUUUUCAAGGAAGAUCCGAUUCCUUUAUCAUUAUAAAACCAUUAUAAGAAUGUUGUAUAAGCUUUCAAUAUGUGUUUUGAGCAUUAUGUCUCAUCAGUUGUACGUAGAGCAAGACAAAACAGAGGACGUAGUUAUAUUGAAGGGAAAUAGAAUAGUAGAUAUCAAUUUUUUAUUGACAGCUACAUUAGAAAUACAGUACAAACAUGCAAAACAAUGUAUAUUUGGGUUAUUGAAACCACAUCAUGAACAACGUUUUGGGUUGCGAUCUAUUUUUACAUUAAAGUGUUCAGCAUGUGAUAAAUACUUCAUUGUAUGUACAAUGAAGUAUUUCAAAAAAACGAAAGCCCUUCGCGACAAUUAACGUACAAUUUUUUUGGGGAACGCUAACCGCGCAAAUGAAGGAUUUCUACACUGUAUUAGACGUUCCUAUAAUGUCAUAUUCUUUUUCUCUGCUCUUCUCGCGAGUCCCUCAUCCGUUGUCCCCACUCCCAAAAUAUUUCUGUACUUACCCGAAUUUAAUAUAUGUGACCUGGUCUACGAAAAGGGGGCUUACGUUCGAAAAUUAGUUUUCGUGUAAAUCGCUGUUAAAGAUAAACAACUCGGUUCGCCAGUUUAUCAUUAGUUGUUCUCUUUUUUCUACGUUGGCCGGGGUUGAAAGAUGUCAAAAUUUUGUUUCAGCUCAGAAUAUUAUCGUAGUUAAUCGCGUAAGUUAACUUUUAACUGAAGAAGUGACUUGGCCGUUUUUUUCGUAAUGACAUUUAUGUCGUUUCUGUUGGUCUUUCGCAUCACAAAAAAAUAAUGAAAAAUGAGUGCUGAUGAGGAGUUCAGUGCCGUGUACAGACAAUAUUUUCGUGAAAACGAUGAAGACAACGCCAGGACAAUGACAUGUCCGACAACGACCUUAAUUCGAAUGGUGAUGAUGAUUCACUACAUUUCUCUCAGGCAGAAGAUAAUAUGGAACAAAGUUGGGUUAGGUUGGAGUUGUCUGUUGUCGAUGAAAAGGAAAAGGAGCUGGUAACCAAAUUUCUCUCAAAAGAUUGUUGUAAUAAUAAAUGUCAUACAAUGAUACCACAAAAAAUGAUCAAGAAUACGAGAAACCAUUGUUUAGAGUACAUCAUUAGUACAUCUUAGUACAUCAUUUUCAAGAACACGGUGCAACAGUACGACUACAUGGACUAGCAAAUAAAGGAUGUACAAAUCCGAAAUCAUUUAAAGCGGCCGAUAUCCAAAAAGCUGUCAAAUUCAUUGAGUACACAGCCGAUUUAUUAGCUCUUCCACUGCCCGGAAGACUUCCACAAUUUAAACAUUAUCGUGUCAUGAAAUUGCUAUCGAACGAGACAAAGUCUUCAAUUUAUCGAAAGUAAAUUGCUUCAUUCAAUAAUGACGAAUUGAAGAUGCCUAAUCACAGUUUUCGACGCAUAUGGAACAAGUACAUACCCUAGUUACAGUAAUGAAACCAGCGGAUGAUCUCUACGAUUUCUGUCGUGAAAACACGCUAUCAAUUGCGCAAGUCAAAAACGUUCCUGACAUUGAAGGAAAACAGAAACUCAAUAAAUUUCUCAAUCAUCUUCACAAAGCUCCAAAUCUUCGAGCAUAUUAUCAAAAUUGGUGUGGACAUACUGAUGAUACAGCAAAGGUUCUGUCAUUCGAGUUUGCUCAAACGGUCCGUUACUCCGUCAGUCCACAACAACCCGCUACGGCUUACUUUAAAGCAACGAAGAAGUGCGCACUCUUUGGAAUUACAGACAAAAAACAAAAAGUUCAGUAUAAUUACUUAAUAGACGAAAAAGAUGACGUGGGCAAAGGACCGAACUGCGUUGUGAGCAUCCAGCAUUAUCACCUGCAAACCUACUGUAAGGACAUAGAAACACUUGUUGAAACACAAUUGCGUUGGGCAGAACAAAAAUAAUGUUCUGCUGUCGUAUUUGCAAUGGCGACUGGCUCGAGGACUUAACAAAACGAUUUUAUUAAAUUUCCUGCUUUUUGGUCAUACGAAAUUUGCGCCCGAUCGUUUCUUCGGCAUUUUUAAGGCUAAGUACGUUAUCAGUAAGAUCGACACGUAUAAAGAUUUACUGAAGUGCAUGGUACAAUCGUCGCCAGGUAGUUAUAAUAAAGUUGUAUCCUCCGAGAAAGUUCCACCAAAGCUCCAUUCUAUAAAUCACUGAUUGGCAUAACACAAUUCAUAAUCAGUACGGACUGUGUAAAAACGAAGCAAUUUGCAGACAGUGAGGACGUCCAGUCGUUUCAGUUCCUGUUAAAACCUAUCGAUGGUCGAAUGCCGGAAAUUAUACAACCAACUGGCUUAUCUUUAAAGCGGCAGUGGUAUCUAUAACAAUCUUCGUAGCUUAGUUUCGGAUGCAAGUAAAGUAGAUAUGGUAGCUCCAUUACCCAAGAGAGAGUUGGCAUCGAAGAAACGAAAGGUUAGUGAUAUUCUCAAACCAGAAGCGGAAGAAGAUCCAUCUUCCUCACAACCUACAUGUAAAAAGGUUUCAAAAAAGACGACGACGAACAAAAAUUCAAAAACUACUUAGUAUUGUAAAAUAUAUGUUUUUUUUCAAUAAAAUAUGUUUUUUUGGCCUAGAAUACAUUUUUCGGGAGUAUAAUCAUAUUUUUUAUCUUAUAAUCCGAUGUAUUUUUCCAGCAAAAAUUUCUGUUUUUUCGUAUUUGUACGUUAAACAAAUUGAUAAAUAAGUCACGACUUUUUGGUUUCACCAUUGGAAAGAGCGUCUCAAACUGAGUCUGAAUCAGCAGAAAAGUGGAAAAUGAUUUUUUGACACCUAAGCCCCUUAUUCGUAGACCAGGUCACAUAUAAAUCUUUUCUGACUUGUUACAAUUCAUUAAUAAUGUUGUUAGGUAUCUUUUCUUUUGUUAAAUUCGUUACUCUAUUUUUUUAAAAUAAGUUAUUAUA